AUGAAGUUUGAUGAUAUUUUGUCUGAAAUUGGAGAUUUUGGAACAUACCAGAAAAGGAAUUUUGUGUUGUUGACUGUAGCCUGGAUUUUAACACCGCCUAUUAUGGCUUUCUCUGUGUUUAUUCUGGGAAUCCCGGACCACAGAUGCAUUAUUCCAGGAUUUGAAAAUGAUACGUAUGAUGUACAAGGAACCUUUCAUCAAAGAACGAUUCGUAUGUACAUUCCUUUAUCUAACGAGGACGAUAAAAAGUACGACCAGUGCCAUGUUUACCAGGUUGACCAAUCAAAUACUGCGUUUGAUGACAAUAGCAGCCAACCAAUCAAUGCCAGUUUAAUAAAAUGUUCGUCGUGGGUCUACAGUAACGAUGUCUUCGAUUACACGUUUGUAGUAAAAGAAAACUUGGUAUGCGACAACAAAUAUAAAGUGUCAGUUUCAAAGACAGUCUUGUUUGCAGGGACUCUUCUUGGGUCAUUCACGUUUGGAUUAUUGUCGGAUUUUAUUGGUAGACGGAAGACGUUGUUGCUUGCUGUUUUGACCCUGUUUGGCUCCUGCAUGUCUUUAGCAUGGUCUGUAAAUUACACAAUGUUUAUAAUUCUUAGAUUCUUUACUGGCGUUGGCGUCGUUGGAACAUAUAUUACAACUUUUGUUUUAGGUAUGGAGUGGACUGGCCCUUCAAAGAGGACAUUUGUUGGCAUUAUCAUAGCAACAUUUACACCAAUAGGAGUUCUUCUUUACAUUCUCGAGUCAUAUUAUAUUAGAACGUGGAACUGGAUUAUAGUUGCUACUGCCAUACCUACCGGUCUUUAUUUGAUUCUAUGGUGGUUUAUUCCCGAGUCUCCAAGAUGGCUGUGCAGUAAAGGGAGGAUGGCAGAGGCAAAGGUUUUACUUCAACAUGCUGCAGCGGUAAAUAAAACAACAUUUCCAGACAAAAUGCUAGACGAAUUGACACCUGACACUAAAGAAUCAGGAAGAGUCUGGCUUUUAUUUUCAGACAAGACUCUAGCUUGCAGGACAAUAGUGAUAUUCUUUAACUGGAUGGUAGUUUCUAUGGUUUUCUACGGAUUGUCACUAAACACUGGAAUCUUGUACGGAGAUUAUUAUAUCAAUUUUAUGCUGAGUGUACUUGUAGAAUUUCCAGGACAAUUACUACCACUUGUGAUGCUAGGCAGAAUUGGUCGUAAAAAGAGUCAUUUCAUUUACAUGGGUGUUGGUGGAUUGGCUUGCCUCAGUACUAUAUUUACAGCAAAUUAUGCAGGAAAAGACUUUCAGCCAUUAACUACGACAUUGGCCUUGCUUGGAAAAUUAUUUUCGACUGCCGGAUUUGCUACUGUUUACAUUAUCUCAGCAGAAGUUUUCCCUACAGUCAUUCGCAAUGCUGGCAUGGGGUCAAGUUCCGUUUGGGCACGUGUUGGUGGAAUGAUUUCCCCAUACAUUGCAGAUACUGCAGAUUUAAUUGGUGGCACGACAGGCAAGGCUGUUCCGUUAGUAAUUUUCGGAGGGGCAUGUAUACUGGCUGCACUUUUAACACUUAUACUACCGGAAACUUUGAAUAGACAACUUCCAGAGACAAUCGAAGAUGGAAAAAACUUCUCAAGGUUACUAUGA